AUGAAUGUUUACAAGCGCUACGUUUCGGGAGAAUACGACAAGUACUACCUCCAACAGAAUCUGUGUCUGGACAAGGGCCACAUUCAGAUCCGACCGCUAGUGGGCCACUUCGACGUUUCCCCCAAUCCUCACUCCAAAAUACAGUCUACAGCUUAUUGGCUUCUGGUGUUUCCCCAGGCCGCUUUUUUUUCAGGCUUCGACCCGAUCUUCUUCGGCCAUGUAGUCACCGUCGUGUACAAGAAUACGGCGUCCAGCAAAAUCAGCACCGUGUCCGUCACGAAGUUCGGCUGCAAUGUCUAUGAGAACAUCGUGUUGGACUCCAGCUCGCGCUUCUGGCCUGCUUGCGAGAACUUGUCGGAAAGUCAUCGCUCAUCGAACGUGCGCAAGGCGCUCGCGAUAUCGAACUUGAAGAACUUCAACAAGUUGUGGAACAACCGGGGCAUCGUGGAGUUCACCCGGCCCUGGGAUGAGACGAACGCUGGCGCUCUAGCGAGCAGCAUGAAGUUGAUGGAUGGCUACACGCCCACAGAACUAGGGGAACGCCUCCUCGCGCUCGGCCUCCUCCAGGUGCUGAACAUGUCGUCUGUGUUGGUCGAUCUUGUCUACGAUAACAUCAACGGGGGUGAAAAGGUCACCGCGCAGAAUAACGCAUUGGUGUCGCUACUAGGGACCCAGAUGGACCAGCUCUUCGAUCCUUUGCUUGAAUACUCGCCCCAGGCAACGGACUACAUGUAUGUUCCUCCGACCCAUGCUGAUGCACGCGAUGUGUUGUUCUCGAACGCUCUCACAAACGAUGUGCUCAAGGAAUUGCUCACUGUCCAGACAAACUACACCAUGGGCUUGGUUGAUAUAUUGCAAGAUUUUAUCAUUCCCUUGCGAAUCAGCCUUUUGUCAGACUCAGCUCCUGACCCAUCUCCUGGCGAGGUCAGAGUCAACCAGGUCUUUCCUCCUACUAUCGACGAGAUUGCCAGAAUCAAUUGCAUACUACACAACUCACUCAAAUCCGCACAAGCACAUGGAUACAUAGAGGUCUUCAAAGUCUUGGGUUGCUUGCUUCCUAGUUUCUACAAUGCCUUUGUGAGACAUCAAGCCAACAUCCGCAAGUUCAACCUCAAGUAUAUGAAGUUUCUCAAACAGAAUAACGUUUUUGAAGACCAGAAAAUCAACAAACGUAGAUACACUCCGCAGCAAGUGGAAAGUGUCAUCUCGGGGUCUGUUUUUGAACUACCUAAGCUCAAACUUAUCAUCAUGAGACUAUACCAGAGCAUCAUCUCCCAUCUUGAGAACUCUGGAAUCGAAAACCUGGAAUUGGACCCUGAGCUCACCUCUAAUUACAAGACCAUCAUCGAAACCAUCAAUGCAUUGGGCUUUAGCAAUGAGCCAGUGGAAGUCCCAGCAAAGAAGCGCAUCUUUACACCAUCAGGAAGGCUUCUAAUAGAGAUCGCAAAAGGCUGGCCAGAGGAGCUUCAGUAUGGCUGGACAAACAGAAAAGUUCUUGCAGUUUAUGAAGUCGUGUCAACAUUCACAAAAACAGUCGAGAUCCUCAUCAUUUUCACUGAUUAUUUAUUAUUUCUUGACAUUGCACAGCUUAUUCCUGGAAAUGAGCGACUCAAAUUUGCUGAUGUGAUAAUGAACUCCUUGAUCAAUCGAAUCCCACUCCCGAAGCUCUCAUACGAAACUGACUUGAGAGUGAAAUACUGGUGUGAUAUAGAUAGACUCAUUGUGAAGUCGUUCGAUGGAGUGUAUGGUAAAUGUUUGUCUUUGACAACUUAUGCUGGCAAUUCGUUCAAACUGAAGCAACAGACCCAACCAACAUUUUCACUCAUCUACGAUUUCCUGACCGAGUUAGAGUCUAACAGUACUUGCAACAAGAUAAUGAGUUCAAUCACCAAAGCCCAAAUUCUUCACAAAUCUACAGCUUUCCAUCUAUUCAACUAUUCUGAACCUGACCUCACUCGUUACUAUUGUGCGCAUGACCAAGAGGAAUACAAGAACGAGAAAAUGAAAGCGCCAAUAGUCAUUCUACUCAAUAUCUCUAAAAAAGAGAUUGAGGACAUAUUUGCAACAAACCCUCAGGUCGGAAUGGUGAUAGCGUUGUCCUCAUUGAACGACUACACCAUGCAUAUUUUCGGAUACAAUAGACAAAGAAGCUAUGAAGUCAAGGAGGUUGUUUCAAUUGAAAAUCUCAUAGAGUUGUUGAAAGAAAUCAUUGCCAAGAGCAUGUGCAGCAUUUUCCACUCCAGCACAAUGUCUAAGGAAUUGAUUCUCUCUGGAGAGAAACUACUCGAAUUGUUCUACACCAGCAACUUAACCAAACACCACAGCAUGGAUAAGGUUGAUGAUAGCAACUCCCAUAAACAAAAGCUGUCUAGCGAAGGUAGUAGGGACUCUAAGACAGAGGCCUUCCAGGCUUAUUCGCAAUAUCCCACUUCCAUGGCCAUUGAUGAUAAUUCCGAAAGUGUGCUGGCAGGCCUCGUAAUCAAAUCAUCUGAGUCUACUGACCUGGGAUCUGGGCAAGAAUCAAAUUUGAAAAAGAGAAGAUCAGGAGUUUUUAGCAUCUUACUGAAAUUAAAGACAAGAAGCAAGAGUUCAGACCUCGGUGCCCAUGAAGACGAGCACGAUGAUAACGAUUUGGAAGAUUUAGAUCAUCCAGAGGGAAAGCAAAUUGUAUACAAACGUUUGUACAAACCGGAGCCCUCUUUGAGAGAGGAUACUACGGUCAUUUGCGAUCAGAAGAAACUGGAAAAAGAAAAUCCAGACAGGGCCCAGGAAAGAGCUAUCGAGUAUCCGCUUCCUGACAUAGCUUCAAAACCUAAAAUGAUCGGCGAGCCCACUCGGAAAGUGUCAGUACACUCAGCUUUGAGCCGCGAGAGAUCACUCGAUUUUGCCACCGAAUUCCAAUUCCCAGCAUCGCCAGAGCAGAAACCCACUACUCGUGCUCCCGCUCCGACGGUGAAGACUGGCGCGGUACAGAAAGAUACACUGAACUAUGCAUCGAACAUCGAGGAGGCAGACUGGCAGAGGACCAAGUUGAGAACAAAUCGCCAUGAAAACAGGAAUUACGACAAAGAAACUACGGUUUCGGAAGGCCAUUGUAUUAGGCUUCGUACUCUACUCUCUCCGCCUUCUGUCAAAUCGAGUAAGACUGAGAUUAAAGCCGUAAAGCCGACAUCAUCAGCCCUUUCAACACAGAAGUUUACCGCGCAAACAAAUCUUCUGCCACCCUCGCCGCCAAAAAUACCACAGUUGGAACCAUCGCGAGAGCCCAUUCGAGACGUUGAAGAAGAACCAUCAGCUCCUCAAGCAGAGAUAGAUAUUGAAAGAAAUGAUAUGAGAGCCGAUUCUUCCAAGGGAAUUUCUGGCUCACUUUACAAAAAGUUCAAAUCAUAUCAAUCGCUUCCAGACUUUCUAUUGAGCAAUGACUCCGAGCCUAAUUGGACUGUAGUCAACGAAGCUUCAGUCACUCAGUCGAAGCCGCCAAAGUCAUUGACCUCGAGCAGUUUAGGGUCUGAUAUACUCCAAGCCCGUAUUUUCUUCGAGCUGCAAACUGAUCUCAAAGCUCAGUAUGUCUUUGAUGACAGCUUCUCGGUCGAAGCAAUGAAUAAGCUUCUUCUGGGCACAGACAGUUUCAACGAUAUCAAGAAAAAGGCUAUGCUGCAAUCCCCUUCGUCAUCCGUGGUUGUUACUGAGUUUGGCCGCCAACUUGAUAGAGAGUUUUGUUCAAAAAUAAGUAUUGACGACUUCCAUUUUGAAGAGCAGGACGACUACGAUGGAAAAACUAUUUACGCUGAGCAUGAGCUGCUCAAGUCGCCCACUUUCACGCCGGGACUGUUCCAAGAAAUGGUCAAUGCUGAUAGGGAAAAUACUGGAUACCAAAGUGAGGAGUUUGCUGCAUGCGGAGCAGUCUCUUCUUCGUGUAGUGACAUGACGCUUUUCAAUGAACACCGCACGGAAAGUGUUGAACACGGCCUUUACAAGCGAGACGAAUUUGCGUCUCUCAUGUAUUUGUCAGCGGUCCUCGAUGGAACAGUUACUGUAUAA